AUGAGCUUGGCACGUGUCAAUCAACUCUGGAAUAAGUGGGAGAUUCAAUGCUUGGUGCUUGUGAGCUUUUCCUUGCAAGUCUGCCUUCACUUGUUCGGGAGCAUUCGCAAGCGCAACAUGUCUCGUUUCCUUAGCUUGCUGUUAUGGCUGGCAUACUUGUUGGCCGACUACGUCGCCACCUUCACCCUUGGCCGCCUGACGCUGCACAUCGAUGACCCACGCCACCAGCUUGUACUCUUCUGGACGCCAUUCCUGCUGUUGCACCUCGGUGGCCAGGAGACGAUCGCGGCCUUCUCCAUGGAGGACACUGCGUUGUGGAAACGCCACCUCCUGGGCCUCGUCUCCCAGGUUGUGCUUGCAGUGUAUAUUGUGGCCAAGUCAUGGCGCGCGGACAAGAAGCUCUUGGCACCUUUGGUACUGAUGUUCAUAUCUGGGACAAUCAAGUAUGCAGAGAGAACUUGGGCACUUAUGACAGCCAGCAGCACAAUGGCACCCGGAAGUUCUUCCAUGGCCGAUCAUGUGAUGCGCGUACAAGACGACGUCAUCGACGAUGCAAAAUCCUAUUUUUCUGAGCUGGCGAAUGUUUUAUCAGGGGUGGAACAGAAGCAGCAGCAGGGUGGUCUCGAUGAUAUGGCUUAUCAGGGGCUUGUGAGGGCUGCUGGUAAGGGCCUACGGAUGUGCUUGGAUUUUCUGACGGACAUGACCCCUUUCGUAAUUUGGCCUCAGAACGAGGAAUGCAUCAUCAGGCAGGCCGUCAGUAAGAUUGAAGGUUCAAAUCCAGAGGCACGAGUGCAGGUUGCUUAUAAGCUUGUUGAGAUCCAGCUCUCACUUGUCUAUGAUUACCUCUAUACCAAGUAUGGAGCGUUUCAGUUCCGCCUCAGCCUCAUCAGCAGUUGGAUGGAGCGGUUGGUAACAUUUGCUUCAACCUGCACAGCCCUAGCAUUGUUCUUGAAGGCAAAUCUUGGUGAGGGGUCAAUACCCCAGUACUACAGCAGGGAAGACAUGGUAGUUUCUUAUGUACUGCUAGCUGGUGCCAUCGCGCUGGAUAUAUCCUCCAUGUUCCUGGUCAUGUCAUCAUACUGGCCUCAGUUACGGCAGAGAAGAUGGUUUGGAGCAGCUUUCAUCCUAGUCAGCCGUGUUCAUCCAGAGAGCAAGCCUCUGUGGUCGGAGAAGAUGGCACAGUACAACUUGGUUGACACGUGCAUCCGACAAGAAGAGCGUACCGGCCUACGAGGGUGGAUAGUGAGGAAGACAGGCAUGGCUUCUGGUUCUGGGAUCAACCACACGCAGGUUUCUACCGAGCUGAAGAAACUCGUCCUGGAGAAACUGCUGCAGGUUGCAACCACCCGGAGUGUAAAUGACUACUGGGAUUGGGAUUUCAGCAAGUACCGUGGUCAGUGGCUGCAGUGGGAGCUGGAGAGCAGCCUUGGUGAGGAAGAAGCUGACAUAGCUGGAGGAAUCCUGUCUGAUGGCAUCACAGACGGCGCCUUGUAUUUUCCGGCAACGGCCCUGAUUUGGCACAUCACCACCGAGAUGUGCUUCUUCGCCGACGCCGACCAAUCCCCGGCCCCGCCCACAGCUCAGAUUAGCCUAGAGCUUUCGAGGUACGUCAUGUACCUCGUCGCGAAGCGCAACUUGAUGAGCGGCAGCAACGGCAACUUCGAGAUCGGCAAGGCGCUCCGCACCGUGAGGACAGUCCUCCAAAGGCGACCCGGCCUCGACGAGAGGGGGCUCCUGCAGUUCGUGCGAGGGCCCGGCAGUGAGGUGACGGAGCCGUGCUUCAGCCGUGCGAGGGCCCUCGCCGGGUAUCUCCUCCGGAUCAGCACGCCAUCCCGUCGCUGGGAGCUCAUCUCCACGCUGUGGGUCGAGAUGCUCUGCUACCUCGGCCCAAACUGCGGGGCUCCAUUCCACACCAAGCAUCUCAGCACCGGAGGUGAGUUGGUCACCCACGUCAGGAUCCUAAUCAUCACGCUCGGAAUUCCAUUCCUCAAACCAGAUGCUUCAGCCAAGUUCUGA